AUGGCACUCACUUCUUCCGCCGCAUACGAAGCGCAGCGCCGACUGAGAUGGUACGAGCAACAUAAGAUCCGGACCACCGCGCCGAGCCUAUCCGAGUCGUAUCGAAAGUAUCUCGAAGAAGAAGGAGCUUUUGCGUCACUACCCAAAACCACGACGGACGCUCUCCUACCCUUGUACAUUUCGACGUUGAAUGACCUCACCCCCAUCACGGAUGGCGCCGCCGUCUUCCGUGACCACAGUAACGGACAAGCAUCCAUCUACUUGGUGAGGGCAAUAUGUCUUGUCGUCUGCAAAACAAAACAUGCCGCUCCUUUCCUACGACUGACUGACUCCGGGCUUUUACUCAAACCUCUAGAAUUUGCAUCAAAGCUUCUAGCUGGACUAGAUGCGGCCAUCAAAGCAGAUUUGGAACCCGAUCGCAUCAUCAAGAUCCAGAUCUUAGUACUGAUGCACCUGCACAACGAUGGUCUAGCCGGCGUAGAUCGCGCGUCCAGUUACUUGUCGCAGGCCAUCUGUGAAGCGUGGUCAAUGUGUAUACACCUGAAGAUACCUGGCAACCCUGACAACGACGAAUGCAAGUAUCUGUGGUGGUCACUCCGGAACUUUGACCGCCUUGGUAAACCCAUCAUGGCAGCAGCGCCCUUCUUCAUCGACGAUGCAGAUAUUGGCGUUGAACGCAUAGAACCGAAGAAAGACGACUAUCGCUCUCAAAUCAUGGCUGUCUCUCUCGCUCUUGGAGACCUCAUGACUACCGCGACUAGAGCUUACAAAGCUGGUUCUACGACCGCAGUCGACAGUUGCUGGGAGUUCCCUUCGUUAUCAGAAAUUACGGGUGGGAGUAAUUUCGAUCAGUUCCACAUGUCGCAUCGAGGUAAGAUACUUAUCAACUUGGCUCUUCAGUCUACUUAA